AUAAAAAGUAUUACAAUCAAAGGACAGGAGCUUGAGAGUUAUCAUAAGUUUGUAAGUUCAGAAUCAUGUUGGACUUCAAAAAGGAGCUAGCUAGGAAUCUAUUAUCUUAUGAUACGUUGGCUUUUUCUCUUUUUCAUAUGGAACAAAACAGUUCUUACUCUUAUCUCUAGAUCUGUCUCUCUCACACACAGACACACUUCCUAUAAAAAGAUUCUAGCUUUGGAAGAUUAUAAAAAAUUGGAAGUAGAGAUGAAGCUUUUGGAGUUGUUUAUAGCUUCAUCUAAACCAGUUGUGGAGACUCUGUUGAUAACAUCAGUUGGAUUUUAUUUGGCUCUCGACAGAGUCAAUCUUCUUGGUCCUGAUGCUCGCAAACAUUUGAACAACAUUGUCUUCUAUGUGUUUAGUCCUUCGCUUAUUGGAAGCCGCUUGGCAGAUAGUGUUACAUAUGAAAGCUUGGUGAAAAUGUGGUUUAUGCCGGUCAAUGUUCUGCUCACAUUCAUCAUUGGUUCGUUACUCGGCUGGAUUGUUAUUGUCAUCACUAAGCCUCCUUCGCAUCUUCGUGGUCUCAUCAUUUGUUGUUGUGCUUCUGGGAAUUUGGGAACAAUGCCUCUCAUUAUCAUCCCAGCCAUUUGUAAAGAAAAAGGAGGUCCAUUUGGAGAUCCUGAGAGUUGCGAGAAAUAUGGAAUGGGUUAUGUUACACUCUCCAUGACUAUGGGAACGGUGUACUCAUGGACUUACAUAUACAAUCUUAUGCGUGUGCUUUCGAACUCUCCCGUUGAAACCCUACAUUCUGUUGAAUCCAACUACAACAGCUGCAAAGUACCACUUAUUUCUUCCAAGGAAGAAGAAGAAGAAGACAACCAUAAUAAGGUUGGGAGGUGGGAAAAGCUUAAGCGAAGAGUUGUUUCUCUGUCAGAGAAAGUCGACCUUGCGUCAAUAUUUGCUCCAGCAACUAUUGCUGCGAUUAUCGCCCUCCUGAUUGGGCUCAUCACUCCUUUAAGGAACCUACUAAUCGGCACAGUAGCGCCUCUCCGUGUCAUUCAAGACUCAUUAACUCUAUUGGGAGAUGGGGCCAUUCCUGCUAUGACCCUGAUUAUGGGAGGAAACCUACUUAAAGGUCUGACGAUGAGUUCAGGAAUAACGAGUUCAGGAAUUACAAAGUCCAGCAUUAUCGGCGUCUUGGUUGCACGUUACAUUUUGCUGCCUAUAAGCGGUGUUUUAAUCGUGAGAGGAGCAUACAAGUUGGAUUUAGUUACCUCAGAACCCUUGUACCAAUUCGUUCUCCUUCUUCAGUAUGCUGUCCCACCAGCCAUGAAUCUAGGUACAAUGACCCAAUUAUUCGGGUCUGGGGAGAGUGAAUGCUCAGUGAUUAUGCUCUGGACUUACUCUUUGGCUUCGAUUUCACUCACUCUUUGGCCUACAUUCUUCAUGUGGCUUGUGGCUUAAACACCAUUUAUUUAAGAAUUGUUCUUAGACUUCCAGAUGACUGGAUCAUAUGCAUAAUUGCAAAUUUUUAUAUAUUCUUAAGACGUUAAAGCC